GGCAACACCGGCGGACAUGAGCCCCGAGAACAUGAACUACGGCCUCAACGACAUGGUCAGGGCCAGUUAUUUGGCGAAACUUCGCGAAAUGCUAAUGUCCAACAUAAGAAAAAACACUGCGAAUGACCGCGGCUUGGCUGAAGACGCAACGGCCGAAAUGUUCGUGGAAAAGUGUUUGAGCGAGAUGGAAAAGGACGCGUUAAGGAAAUGCAUGGUAGCGGAGAUCUACUGCGAAGCAAUGCGUAAAACAAUAGACGAAGUGAACAACUGCACGGGCAAAUCAACGAUCCAUGACCGGCUGAUGUCGACGAUCAUAGCGGAAGCUGACAGUAGGAAUCGUGUAACCGCAUCUACGAUGCAGGUCGCUGCUGACGACGUCGACGAGAGACAACAAAACUCCUGUGGCGACGCGUACCUACUUCAGUUCCCGACGCAGGCACAAGUCUUCGAUCAACAGAGUGAACAAGGCAUUAUGACACUUGCCAUCGAGAAUUUCAAGUGCACAUCAAUGUUUCCGGGAUCGAUAUCGGAAGAUUUUUUGGACCCGAGUACCGUGCGACCCGAUGUGAUUAACGUCGUUAAGAAUGAUAAAGAUCUCAGCGCUAUGGUGGCUACAACGCAUGAGUUCCGCAGGAACAUGAAAAGACUACCCCGAGCCAUGCGAGCCCGGAUAGACCAGGAGCUGAACCGGAUGUUUGGUAACUGCCUUCAUCCCGGGUAUCAAUCAAUAUUUCUGUCCAUGGAGGAGGAACGAAUAAUUUCCUACGAAAGGAUCAUGCUGUUGGUCUCAAACCGCAUAAAACCAUAUUUCGAGCACGGGAAAAUCGCCAAAUCCUCCGACUUUGAGAAUCUCGUUCAACUCAUAUCUAGGACCAUGAUGGAUAGCGCCAGCGAUCCGACUGAAAUCACGAUAAACCAAACCAUAGACGGGUUUUUCACCGGGCACCCGUACAAAUCCGUCGAUCAAUUCAUAGCCACCAAUGGUUAUUUUUUCCAAUCUGAUUGGCCGUUGUAACCGUUCAAACCAAAUGGCGUCUCGAUAAAAUGUACCAAAAUAGUAGUACACACGUGCCAUUUUUGUUAUUAUGACAUGCAACAAUGACUUUCAUUGUAUUAUUCCUUUUUUACUUCAACUAGGAUUUUGUGAAAUGCACAAGACUUUGCCGGUUGGCUUGGCUGUGACAGAGCAUGAAUCGGGCCCGUUGGCCUCA